AUGCAGAGCAGCCCAGUCAUGUGCAUGGUAGUAGUAAUAACCUGCUGCUGUGUCUUUCUUUCUCCAGACGACUUUGCGGAGGAGGAGGAGGUGCAGUCCUUCGGCUACAAGAGGUUUGGUAUUCAGGAGGGGAGCCAAUGUACCAAGUGUAAAAAUAACUGGGCACUGAAGUUCUCUAUCAUCUUAUUAUACAUUUUAUGUGCCUUGUUAACAAUCACAGUAGCCAUUCUGGGAUACAAAGUUGUAGAAAAAAUGGACAAUGUGACAGGUGGCCUGGAAACAUCCCACAGAAGGUACACAGAAAAGCUUACAGAAGUGGAGAGUGAUCUGAAGAAAUUAGAUGACCAAGCUGGACAAAAAGCCUUGAAUACUAACACUGAACUGUCCAGCUUCAGAUCUGAUAUUCUGGCUCUUCGUCAGCAACUUCAUGACAUUGCAGAGAAAACUACCAGAAACAAAGAUACACUGGAGAAGCUGCAAGAGUCUGGAAAUAUGCUAGAUGAUAGACAGAACCAAAUGAAAAGUGCCUUAGAUAGUAACUCUUUCAUGAUCAUCAGUGUCAAUAAGACUCUUCAGGCAUAUACUGGCUAUAUCAACAAUCUUCAACAAGACACAAGUACUAUACAAACAAACCUGCAAAGCCAAGAGCAUUCUCAUAAUGUGCUCAUCAUGAGCCUGAACAACUUAAACCUGACUCAAAUACAGCAAAGAAAUCUUAUCAGUGUCUUACAGAAGUCAAUGGAAGAUACAAGCUCGGCUAUUGUAAGAAUCAGGAAUGACUUUCAAAAUCUGCAGCAGGUUGUCCUUCAGGCCCGGAAGGACACUGACUGGCUUAAGGAGAAAGUACACAAUUUACAGGCUUUGGCUGCCAACAACUCAGCAAUGGCAAAAGCCAAUAAUGAUACACUUGAAGACAUGAACAAUCAGCUCAGCUCCUUCAGUGGGCAGAUGGAGAACAUCACCACAAUUGCCCAAGCCAACGAACAAAGUCUAAAGGAUCUCCAGGAACAGCAUAAAGGAGAUGAAAACAGAACUGCUGCCAGAUUCAGCCAUCUAGAAGAAAGGUUCCAGGUCUUUGAAACAGAUAUAGUCAAUAUCAUCAACAACAUCAGCUACACUGUUCAUCACCUACGGACACUGUCGGGCGAUCUCAAUGAGGUCAGGACAACUUGUACAGACACCUUAAGUAAACACUCCGAUGAGCUGAUUUUUAUGAACAGCACGCUAGCCAAUAUUCGCAUAGACUCUGCAUCUCUCAAAGUGCAACAGGAUUUGAUGAGGUCAAGGUUAGAUGUUGAAGUUGCCAAUUUGUCAGUAAUCAUGGAAGAAAUGAAGCUGGUGGAUUCCAAACAUGGCCAGCUCAUCAAGAACUUCACUAUCCUACAAGGCCCUCCUGGUCCAAGGGGACCUAAAGGUGACAGAGGCCCUCAAGGUCCUCUUGGCCCCGCUGGCCUAAAAGGACAAAAAGGAGAGAAAGGAGAGCCUGGACCACCAGGACCUGCAGGUGAGAAGGGCCCACCUGGGCCAGCCGGACCACCAGGAGAAAAAGGAGGAAAAGGUUCAAGAGGAUCGCCUGGCUCCAAAGGUCAGAGAGGUUCUCCUGGCAAGACAGGUCUGCCUGGACCAAAUGGAGACCCAGGGCCACCAGGGCCACCAGGCAAGGAUGGUCCACCAGGGCCUCAAGGCCCACCAGGAUUUCAAGGCCUGCAAGGAACUGUGGGAAGCCCAGGGUUACCAGGACCACGAGGACUAACUGGACUACCUGGAGUCCCUGGGCUGCCCGGUCCGAAGGGCCCACCUGGCCCACCAGGGCCACCGGGUCCAGAGACGCCAAUGGCACUACGGAGUGAACCUACGCCCGUACCCGAGGCUAAUGGUUGUUCUCCUCACUGGAAGAACUAUACGGAUAAGUGCUACUACUUUUCAAUUGAAAGAGAAAUUUUUGCAGAGGCGAAGUUAUUCUGUGAAGAGAAAGCAUCACACUUGGUUAUCAUCGAUAACAAAGAGGAGCAGCAAUGGAUAAAAAGGCAGAUUUUUGGGAAAGGCAGCUUCUGGAUUGGACUAACAGAUUCAGAGAAGGAAAAUGAAUGGAGAUGGUUGGAUGGAUCCUUACCAGUUUACACAAACUGGAAAACUGGGCAGCCUGAUAACUGGAGUCAUGGGCAUGGGCCAGGGGAAGAUUGCGCCGGGCUGAUCUAUGCUGGGCUCUGGAAUGACUUCUACUGUGAAGAUGUUAACAAUUUCAUUUGUGAAAAGGACAUGGACAAAGGGGAAAUUCUUGGAGUGUAAUAGGCUGUGACUUUACAGAUACCUUCAUAUUAAGGAAAUUUACAUAAAGAAGAAAAUCCUGGGAAGGAGCAACACUGACUCCCAAAAUUGAAAAAAAUAUGAAAACAGAAAAAAGCAAGCACUGAAACUGAUUUAAAAGCAUCAAGGAAUUCAGCAGUAACUCUU